AUGGCGGCAGCCCAUGGGACCGCGACUCACCUUACAGCAGGGCCGAUCGCAUCUUCCGCGUCAAUACUAUCCAAUGAGGUACGGGAAUAUGAGAAGAUUCUGAGAAUCAGCGAUGAGAUUUUCUCAGGGUCACAUCCGCGCCUCAAGGUUCCCCAGAAGUUUGUGCGCAAGCCAAAGGCUCAACCAGGUCAAAAUGGCCAUUUGACCCAACAGGCGAUGAAAAGCAAUCCUACAACUUCAGAGCCUGUACCUCCCAUGAAUACCACUCGCCAUUCUCAAGCCAUUCAGGCACCUACGCCGCCUAGAAACGCGCCAUUUCCUGCUACUACCAGUGGAGCACCAAUCGCUCGCGUGGUUGCUAAGCCGGCGUCAGAAAUCGAUCCCAUAUUCUUGACAAAAUCGGAUGAUCUAGUCAGGGCGGAGCUUCAAUUAGAACGACAGAGAGUGGAAAGAACCCUGCGUGAUCAGUUGGAUCAGAAGAAGCAGGAUUUAAAACAGAAACCUACAGUUCAGGACACGAAGCCGAACUUUGACGUUUCAGAUGUUCUCAAUAGGGCACUUGACCUUGUGAAACCUGUCUCUCUGAGCGAUCCAUCUGAGACCUCGUUUGAUGGGAAUUCAUAUUAUUCCAGUAAAGCACCUGAUUCGCCGCCUCUUGUUGGCGAGCUUCAGAACCCAUCUCCCGUGGUCCCGGCUCAGGCACUAGGUGCAGCAGCAAGGGCUCCGGUAGAGCAAUUUGCAGAUGAGUUGCAGCGGCUUGAAGCUCUGAACAGGACUGGAUCUGAUCAGGAAAUGCAAGAUGCUUACUCUGUUGCUGACCACCGCAUUCCCCAUUCCCAGAAGCAGCUGCGCCCCAGCCAAACCGAGGCCGCUCGCCGGCAUCACAAAGCUCAGCCGGUUGAACCAUUAGAGGAACCCGAAUACUCGCCUCCUGCACCGGUGGCCCCGCCAAUUGACCACAGGGAUCAUCAACGAGAGGCGACAAAUGGCCAAGGCAGAGCUAGAUACGCAGAGCAGUCUCGGGACGUACAAGGAAUUUCAUCUGGGAACAAUGUCACAGUAGUCCGAAACCACAUCACCUCCCCAGCAGCUCCUCGACCCUCUCGUGUCUCCCCCUUGGCAACUCAAAAGGUCCCCUCAGUCCAGCAAAUUCGGGAUGAUCGGUUUGAACAUGUAUUAGAUCGAGUUUACCCCGAUCCCGAGUCUGGCCGGGCCAGUCCUAAUGGUCCAGCCCCACAGCCCAUUUCUCGAAAGCGAAGAAGGCAGGAGAAGGGUCCUGAUGCUCCAGUAUCCCACAAGCGGCAGAAUGCUGAUCAUUCUGAUGCCUACAUUAAAGAGGAGCCGGUAUCCCCACCACCUUUCACUGAUGACCCUGCCAUAUCGAAAAACAGACAGCCUCGUGAACAGCCUGUAUACAUUGACAUCUCAUCACCGGGAUACAACCCCGUGGUUGAACGACGCGAGCCGUCAGGUCGAGCACCAAUAUAUGAGGUUGAUCAGUAUGGUGAAGUCCCCUUUGAACAAGGACCACCACGGACUUCAUCUCGAGUGAGCAUCAGGCGUGACGAUCCCAACAUGCAACGAGUGGCCAAUAUUCAAUACGCUCGACAACCCGAAUAUUCCCGAGGAUACAUUGAGCACGACCCGCACGGUAUUAGAUCUGCAUCCUACGCAGUCGUUGAAAGACGCCUACCAGAACAAACCAGGUACUACGAUGACCAUCCGCCUUAUGGAUCACGAUUCGUUGAGGUAGACGAUCAACCACAGCCAGCCUACCGAGCACAAUAUUAUGAAGAACCUCAACCGACUCGGGUCAUGCCUCCACCUCCUCGCCGAUUUUUUGUUGAUGAGCACGGCAAUGAGUAUGAAAUGGUACCAUCUCGGAGGACUCAAACUAUGGCGCCACCGCCUCGUCCACCAUCUCGUGCCCCGGCUCCACAGGGCGAGGUAUACGAAGACCGAACUCCUAUUCGCACUGCCAGUGUUCGUGCUCCAUCGAUCGUCCAAGAACCCUACCUUGAGAACCGAUAUAUUCAAGAAAUGCCACCUCCCCAGCCUGUCUACCGGCGCGUCACUUCUGAUUAUGUUCGGCCUGUUGUUGGUGGAAGACAAACUUACGCUGCACCUCUGGAAGGACAUGAGCCAUAUUCUCGUGCUGGUAGUGUGCAGGUUGCUGAGUACAUACCUCGUCGUCAAAAUUAUGUAGAAGAGCCUCCUCUCCCCCAAGAGAGGGUGAUUCGCACUGCUAGUGUGCGACCUCAACCUCCUCAACAUCGGUAUGAGGAGCAGACCCAUGAUGUCAUUCAACGCGUUGGGAGUACUCGCCCUACUGGGCCUGGCCGGGAAGUGUACAUGGAUGAGAGACCCGUGGGUGACUAUGUUGAGCGGCCGUAUUACGUUCGGGAACGACGUUAUUAUGAAGGUGAUGAUGGAAAUCGCCUGGCGUUGGAUGGAAAUACGGAGCCCGUGCAUCGCGGUCCUCAGCAUUACUAA